AUGAAUGGCUUCGCAUCGCACGGCCUCGACGAGGAUGCAUUCGGGGAGAAGUCUGGGCUGCAGGGCGGCCUAAAGACAUUUGAUGCUUUUCCCAAAACAAAACCCUCAUACACUGCCCCAUCCCGCCGCGGAGGACAAUGGACCGUCCUCAUCCUCGUCAUCUGCACAGUCUUCACCUUCUCAGAAUUCCGCACCUGGCUCAGCGGCUCCGAGAACCACCACUUCAGCGUCGAAAAGGGCGUCGGCCAUGACCUACAACUGAACCUCGACCUCGUUGUCCGCAUGCCCUGCGACACCCUCGACGUCAACAUCCAAGAUGCCUCUGGCGACCGCAUCCUCGCCGGCGACCUGCUCCAACGCGAGCGCACCAGCUGGAAGCUCUGGAUGGACAAGCGCAACCGCGAAACCUCCGGCGGCGUCCAUGAAUACCAAACCCUCAGCCAGGAAGACUCAGACCGGAUUUCCGCGCGCGAAGCCGACGCACACGUUCACCACGUUCUCGGUGAAGUGAGGAAGAACCCGCGCCGGAAGUUCGCCAAGGGACCCAGGCUGAGGCGCGGCGAUACCGUCGACUCAUGUCGCAUCUACGGCAGCUUGGAGGGCAACAAGGUCCAGGGUGACUUCCAUAUCACAGCUCGCGGACAUGGAUACAGGAACUUUGGAGAACAUCUGGAUCAUGGAGUCUUCAACUUCUCCCACAUGGUCACCGAACUCUCCUUCGGCCCUCACUACCCUACUCUCCUCAACCCGCUCGAUAAAACCAUCGCCACCACCGAAACCCACUACUACAAGUACCAAUACUUCCUCUCCGUCGUCCCCACCCUCUACUCCAAGGGCGCCAGCGCCCUCGACACCUACACCAACCACCCGGAUCUCAUCGCCACCAACAGGAACAGGAACCUCGUCUUCACCAAUCAAUACGCUGCCACCACCCAAGCCCAGGAGCUGCCCGAGAACCCCUACUUCAUCCCCGGCAUCUUCUUCAAGUACAACAUCGAGCCGAUCCUCUUGAUGAUCAGCGAAGAGCGGACGAGCUUCCUCUCGCUGCUGAUCCGACUCGUCAACACCGUCUCGGGUGUUAUGGUCACGGGCGGCUGGGUGUAUCAGAUCUCCGGGUGGAUUGGAGAACUGGUGAACCGGAAACGGGGCAGAGGGAAGUCAGAGGGUGUGCUUACGGGGAAGCAUUAUGCGGAGGAUUAG